CGAACAGCUCUAAGACAACAUGGAAAGCCGAAAAGAAAAAAUACAAAAUGUAGAGCUAGUAAAACCGCCUAUAAAAGAUGAUUUCCCACUACAAUACGUAUGGCUCAAUGUGUUUGCGUACACCGUACUUCAUCUCUUUUUCUUUUACGGUCUCUAUUUAAUGUUAACUUUCCAAGCCAAGUGGCAAACAUUUAUAUACACUUACUUGUGUAUAAUAUUUUCAAUCGAGGGCGUCACUAUGGGAGCGCAUAGACUCUUUUCUCAUAAGUCAUAUAAAGCUACUACUCCUUUAAAAAUAUUACUUUUGAUUGCACACGCUAUAGCAGGACAGAAUUCAUGUUUCAUUUGGGCAAGAGACCACCGCCUUCAUCAUAAAUUCAGCGACACUAUCGCCGAUCCGCACAACGCAAAUAACGGUUUCUUUUAUUCUCACAUGGGUUGGUUACUAAUGAAAAAACACCCAGAAAUAAUAAAGAGAGGGAGAGAAAUAGACCUAUCGGAUUUAAGAUCUGACCCCUGGGUUAUGUUUCAGUACAGAUAUUUCCUCCCUAUACAUUUUUUCUUUGCGUCAAUCAUGACAUUUGCUCCUUAUUUCCUUUGGGGGGAGUCUAUAAAGUGUUGCAUCGGUCUUGUCUACUUUGUCAGAUAUGCGCUGACCUUACAUGGAGCAUGGGCUGUGAACAGUGUAGCACAUUUUUUCGGCACUAAACCUUAUUCUAAACAUUUGAGAGCUGUGCAAGUUCCAUGGAUAUCCUUCUUCGGUGGCGGGGAAGGAUGGCACAACUACCACCACUCAUUCCCCUGGGACUACAAAGCGGCUGAAUUUGAAACGCCGUUCAAUUUUACAAGGACAUUCAUUGAAAUCGCUGCUAGCAUGGGGCUUGCGUACGACCUAAGAUCCGCGACGCAGGAUAUGGUCAACCAUCGCAUCAAAAAACACGGGGACGGAACGAAACAAGUAAAUUGUGAAGAGGAAAAACAACUAGAAGUAGAUGAUACGGACUUGUAUGGAGAGAAAUUUUCUAAAUUUACCACAAUAAGAAAUCGUCAAAUCACAUCGUAAAUUUCGUCACACUUACAUCAUUGUCAUAAUCAUAAUUACUUUUUAAUAAAUAAAUUCAUAGUAUUUUAACAAAAAAAAACCAAUAAAUCAACUGUAAAUAUUGCAGUUCAAAUAACCAAAAUUAAGGCAAAGAUAUUUUAACAGAAAAUGUUGGUAGAUCUCUGUUAUGUUAUAGAUCUUCUUUUAGGUCAAUUCUUUUUCCCCUGGUUGUAUGAUUCGUAAAAGCAGUCAUACUGACGAUUUCAAAGUCAUAGAGUCAUUUUUGACGAAAGUAUACAUAUUGAUCUAAGGACCGAUUCUUGUGGGAUAGUUUAUUUUAGUACUUCAUUGCUUGUCAUCUAUCGUAGACGUAGACGUAGAUGUAUUAGUCGGGGUGUAAUAUACUGCGCCCUUUAGGAGCUAUUUCAUCCUCCGUCCUGUAAGUAAAGCACACCGGUG